AUGGCUGCUUCAGAAGAGAAUAGUGCACUGUUCCCAAUAUUCAUUUUGACAAUAAUGGCCAUUCCUAUAGUGCCAUAUACAAUAACAAAGUUGUGCCGAUUUGCCUCUAAGAAAUCAAAGAGCAUACACUGUCAGUGCUCUGAAUGCUCACGGUCGGGGAAGUACCAUAAAUCAAUAUUCAAGAGGAUUUCGAAUGUCUCAACCUGUAGUAACAUGACAUUGUUACUGCUUUGGGUGAUUAUGAUUAUUCUGGUUUAUUACAUAAAGACCAUGAGUCGUGAGAUUGAAAUUUUCGAUCCAUUUAGUAUUCUAGGAUUAGAGCCUGGAGCGGCAGAGUCUGAAAUAAAGAAAAAAUAUAGGAGACUUUCAAUUCAAUUCCAUCCGGAUAAAAAUCCAGACCCAGAGGCACACAAGUACUUUGUUGAGUACAUUGCCAAGGCUUAUCAAGCUCUUACAGAUCCAAUAGCUCGAGAAAAUUAUGAAAAAUAUGGCCAUCCUGAUGGCCGGCAGGGAUUUCAAAUGGGUAUAGCUCUUCCACAAUUCCUGCUAAAUAUUGAUGGGGCAUCUGGGGGAAUACUUCUGCUUUGGAUUGUUGGUGUGUGUAUUCUCUUGCCAUUGGUUAUUGCUGUUGUUUAUCUCUCCAGAUCCUCGAAGUAUACCGGCAACUACGUGAUGCAUCAAACACUUUCUACUUACUAUUACCUCAUGAAGCCGUCUUUGGCCCCCAGCAAAGUAAUGGAUGUUUUCAUCAAGGCUGCUGAAUAUAUGGAAAUUCCAGUUCGUAGAACUGAUGAUGAACCUCUUCAGAAGCUUUUUAUGUUGGUAAGGAGUGAGUUGAAUCUUGACCUGAAGAACAUCAAGCAGGAACAGGCUAAGUUUUGGAAGCAGCAUCCUGCACUGGUUAAGACAGAGCUGUUAGUUCAAGCUCAGUUGACCCGUGAACUUGCAGCCUUGUCUCCGUCUUUACAAAGUGAUUUCAGAAGGAUUUUAGAAACCGCACCCCGCCUUCUUGAAGAAUUGAUGAAGAUGGCAGUUAUACCCCGUAAUGCUCAGGGGCAUGGAUGGCUGAGGCCUGCUAUUGGUGUUGUUGAGCUUUCUCAAUGUAUCAUCCAGGCUGUUCCUCUGAGUGCUAGAAAGUCUACAGGCGGAUCACCUGAAGGUGUUGCACCAUUUUUGCAGUUGCCACAUAUUAGUGAGACUAUUAUUAAGAAAGUGGCCCGCAAGAAGGUGAGAACAUUUCAGGAACUUCAUGACAUGGACUCUCAGGAGCGAGCUGACCUGCUUAUUCAAACAGGUGGGUUAUCUUCUGCUGAAGUGCAAGAUAUUGAGACGGUUCUGGACAUGAUGCCUUCCUUGACACUUGAUGUAACUUGUGAGACGGAGGGUGAAGAGGGUAUGCAAGAGGGUGACAUAGUGACAAUCCAUGCUUGGAUAAAUGUUAAAAGGGGAAAUGGCCUGAUUGGUGCUCUUCCACAUGCCCCCUACUACCCGUUUCAGAAAGAAGAAAAUUACUGGUUUUUGCUUGCGGAUUCUGUUUCAAAUAAUGUAUGGUUUUCUCAGAAGGUUAGUUUCAUGGAUGAAGCUGCUGCUCUAACUGCUGCAUCUAAGGCGAUUGAGGAAUCUAUGGAGGGGUCAGGAGCAAAUGUGAAGGAGACUAGUAGGGCAGUUGCGGAAGCAGUUGAGAAGGUGAAAGGGGGCUCUAGAUUGGUAUUGGGCAAGUUCCAGGCCCCUUCAGAGGGUAACUAUAGUUUGACUUGCUAUUGUUUGUGUGAUUCUUGGUUGGGCUGUGACAGAAGGACAAAUUUAAAGCUCAAAAUUUUGAAACGGACUCGGGCUGGCACCAGGGGUGCUGUUUUGGCUGAUGAAGGACCUAUCAUGGAGGAUGGCGUUGAGGAGGACGAGGACAAUGAGGAUGGAGAGUAUGAUGAUGACUACGAAAGUGAGUACAGUGAAGAUGAAGAAGAUGAUCAAAACACAAAAAAUAAGCCUCAAGCUGCCAAUGGCACAGCGAAUAAACGUGGUCAAGGUGCAGAAAGUUCAGGCUCUGAUGAAGAAUGA